UAUUUGUGAUUGUGAUUUUAACGUUUUACUUGUAGCUAGUAGGUAGAAUAUUAAGUAUGAUUUAAAUGAAAUAUAAAUGAGAUAAUAUAUUACGUGUCAAUUUCCGAUAGCUGUAGCUAUAUCUUAAGAUUGUAAAUUAACUAAUUACAUAUUAAUCGAAGUAUAUUUUAAGUCAUAAAUUCAACCUCAACAGUAUUGCUUAGCAUUACAAUUUAUCUAUAACAACAUGAUUAAUAAAAAUUCAACUGAAAUUCGCUUUAUAUUCUUUGCGAGUUCAAUAUUUUUCUGUUACUUUAUUUAUGGAAUGCUGCAGGAGAAAAUUACAAGAGGAAAGUAUGGAGAAAAUAAUGAAAAAUUCACAUGCACAUUAUCACUAGUUUUAGUUCAGUGCAUCGUCAAUUUAAUAUUUGCACAAAUUUUAAUGUUAUCAUGGAAACAUGAAAAGGAUUCAACAAGAAAACUCUAUUAUUUCUCAUCAGCACUCACAUACUUAUUAGGAAUGGUUAGCUCAAAUAUGGCUUUGCAGUGGAUUAAUUAUCCCACACAGGUAGUCGGUAAAGCAGCAAAACCUAUUCCUGUAAUGGUGUUAGGUGUUUUACUUGGAAGAAAAGUUUAUCCAAUCAGGAAAUACUUUUUUGUGUUCCUCAUUGUAACUGGUAUUGUUUUAUUUAUGUAUAAAGAUCAAACAAAGACAGUUACUGAAGAGUCACAAGGAAUGCUUAUCGGAGAGUUGUUAUUAUUCCUUUCCCUGACAAUGGAUGGUCUAACUGGAGCUGUACAGGAAAGGAUAAAGAGUGAAUCAUCGCCAACUGCAUAUUCUAUGAUGUUGAACACUAACUGGUGGUCUUCUUUAAUUCUAUCGGUUGGUGUUCUCGUGAGCGGCGAAGUAUUCAAGUUUGCUGUGUUUGUAACCCAAUAUCCUGAAACCCUUAUAUAUUUGACAGGAUUUGCACUAACCGGUGCACUGGGACAACUAUUCAUAUUUUUCAUGGUAUCUGAGUUUGGGCCCUUAGCGUGUUCUGUUGUGACAACAACCAGAAAGUUUUUCACGGUGCUAGCAUCUGUUCUUUUCUUCGGCAACGUGCUAUUGGUCAGGCAGUGGAUAGGCGCCAUUAUUGUGUUCACCGGUUUGUUACUAGACAUUUUAUACAGCAAGAGUAGAGCGCCACCAGCGAAGCGAGUUGUAAACAAGUAGUUUACGAAUUUCCACAAGUACUGAAGUUUGGCCGGGAAUAAUUAAUUUUUGAAUUGUGUAUAGUGUAAUUGUUUGUCACUUGACUAGCUAUGACCAAAAGCUGUUAUAUUUUAUUUAUUUUUUUUAGUUGAAAUAUUAAUAAAUAUUUUAUAUUUUUAAAGCAAAUAAUUUAUAUCAAUGUGUUCAUCAAAGCAAACUAGUUUUAUCAGCCGCUUCAGUAAUAGCCUAGCUUUUUAAUUAAAUUUGACUUACAUGUUUUAUUAUUUUGUGUUUACUGAAUAAACGUAUAAAUAUAUAUUAUAAUAACCGAACUAAAUAAGAUUAUAAAACGGCCUUUAGCCAUUUGUCUAAACUCUAAAACAUCCGUAAAAUGACUGGGCUAGUUGUUUUAAAUGUAUUAAAUGCCGUCAUGCCAGCAAAGGAUUAAGUUAGCCAGUUUCAAUUAGAUGAUUGCAAUAUUUAUAAAUAAUUGCUAAAUUCCAAAAAAAAAAAAUGCGCACACCACUGUCAGUUUUUUUUCUGAGACUGGAGUUUAGUAUGUAAGAACGAGUGUCUUCUGAUAUACCAGAUAUGCCAAAAUAUACUAACCUCAAAGAAUCGAUGUGUGCUUUCAGACCACUCUACAGAAGUGAGAACUUCACCAAGGUCAGGUUAAUACGAUAUGCAACUAUAUUUUUUUGGAGCGCGAUCAGUCAGAGCAAGUUCGCCAAAGUAAUUUAUACACAACUAAAUAAUAUAAUAAACUAUAAAGAUAUAGAGAAAAAUCCUGUUCUUCGUAUUUUUAACCUCGCCUUGAUGAUGAUUUCACUCCUGUCAUGUCGUUAUUGUAGUUAUUUUAUUUACUCUAUGGUCGGAAAUAGUAGAGCCAUAGCGUACUAAUAAUACUAAUGUAUGUGGAUACAAAGGCAAGCAUACAAAUCUCUUACCGUUUCUUUGAAUAUAGCAAAGUGGUAUUUACAAAAUUUUAAUAUUUAAGUAUACUUAUUGUUUCAUGUAGAUAUUUGAUGAUAUUUUCAUUGUAUGUUUCAUUUGUUUGGCCCAUGAGUUAAAACUUACGUCAUUAUUAAGUGACUUAAUAAUUGGUUCAGAGGCAAACUUUUAUUACUGUUGUAGCUGUGAAUUUAUACCUUUUUUUAUUUCAAACGUAUUGAAAGAGGACAGAUGUAAAUUUUAAGUGAGAUAUUUUAAAUAUACUAUAAUUUUAAUAUUACUCGAUAAUAUUUAUAAUAUUGUGUACAAUUUUUUUUAUAAUGUUUUAUGACAAAUAUAAAAUAAUAAAUGUGAAGAGUAA